AUGCAAGCUAUCUUGAAACGAUGGGAGCUUGGUGUAGAAGUAGUGGUACAAAAUGGUGCGUUGAUUGAGGCAAAGGACUAUAGUGGCUGCACACCCUUACAGCUGGCUAUCGACGCACAUCAUGUGGCUUCUGUCAAGUUCUUGCCAGAAAAGGGAGCACCAAUCGAGAAGAAAGACGAUCCUAGUUACAUGCCAUUUUGGCAGGCUCUCCUGAAUUCCUAUAAGCCCAUGAUUGAGAUUUUGCUAGAAAAAGGCGCCUCAAUCGAGCAACAAAACAGUGAUGGAUACACGCCCUUGAUUUGGGCGCUUAAGAAUGACAGGGCAGCCUCGGAUCAUGCCUCUUCUCCGGAUCUUGUCUCUUUCCUGCUUGAGAAAAACGCGCCAACCGAUGCAAAGGACGCCCUAGGCUUUGCUCCCCUGUUUUUAGCUAUCAAAAAACGACGCUUGUGGGAAAUCAAAAAAUUUCUGGACAAAGGUGCGGCAAUUGAAGAAAGGCACAGCAGUGGCCUAACACCUUUGUUGUUGGCUCUCAAGUAUGGCGAUCUGGCGACGACUCACGAUUUACUCAAGAGAGGUGCAAAAAUUGAGGCCAGGGAUGAUAACGGCGUAACGCCCUUAUUAUGGGCUGUUCAACAUAAAUUGCUGCCCGUUGUCGAGUUUCUGGUUGAAGAAGGGGCCGAGGUUGAUGUGAAGGAUAAUGAUGGUCAGACGCCCAUGCGACUGGCUUCCCAGCGGAGGCAUGAGGGGCCUCCUGGUGAUUCCCGUACCAUUGAGUGGGAAUCUAUUAGUCUUCCUCUCACAAAGACUGUCAAGAGAUCAUUUCCUACGCAGCCAUCCUGA